AUGGCGACACAACCACCCACUUCUGUGCCUACCGUCAAGGUGACUAAACUAGAAGACAACACUAAUUCAAUUCUCGAUGAACCUCUUUUUCAUCCUCACACUCUCACUGCCUUGAUCGUUCUUUUGGCACUGAUGUUCUAUGCUGCCACUAGAUCCAACUAUGAAAACACAGCAGACAGUAUCAAACUAGGUGUAUUGGCUGCUGUAGCUUGUUUUGUAUUUAUUGGUAUGCUUCAUUUCCCAGACGGCCCCUUUGUUCGUCCCAGUAAGCCUAUUUGGAGAGCCGUACUUAGUCUGAGCGUUCUCUAUCAGUUAUUCUUGGUGUUCAUGUUGUUCAUGAACAAAGAUGACGCUCGUAAAUUCAUGACGUACUAUGACUCCAGCUUGGGCGUUCAGUUGCCUGAAAGAUCCUAUGCUGAUGCAUGUGCUCUGACCUGGGAGAACAUUACAAACCAAAUGGAUAUCUUUGUGGUUGCACAUGCCGUUGGAUGGUUUGGUAAGGCUUUGAUCCUGAGAGAUUACUGGUUUUGUUGGAUUAUUUCCAUUGCAUUCGAGCUAUGUGAAUACUCUUUGGAACAUCAGCUGAAUAAUUUUGCAGAGUGUUGGUGGGAUCAUUGGAUUCUUGAUGUGCUGUUGUGUAAUUGGCUUGGUAUCGAGGUUGGCAUGAAAUUCUGUCAAUAUUUCUCUGUCAAGCAAUACUCUUGGGUUGGGUUCAGACAAAUCAAGUCAUUCAAAGGUAAAGCCAAACGCGCUGUUCAGCAAUUUACUCCUCGCGAAUGGACACGUUAUGAAUGGAAGACCACCAGCACACCCAAAAACUACUUUGGUACCGUCCUCUUGUUGCUUGUCUUUUUACUAUGUGAAUUGAACUGCUUCUAUCUCAAAUAUCUUCUUUGGGUCCCCCCAGAGCAUCCCAUCAACACCUACCGUUUGAUCCUCAUUUUCCUCUUUGCUCUUCCAGGGGCUAGAGAAGCCUAUCAAUACAUUUCAGACAACACCACCCUUCGUAUGGGCGCUCAUGCUUGGUUACUCAUCUUCAACAUCUUGACAGAAACCCUGAUCUGUUUAAAGUUUGCUGAAAAUGAAUUCCACACACCUGCGCCAUUGGUCGUCAAGGUGGGUUGGUCUAUUGCGUUGACUGUGUUGCUUGUCAUUUUCCCUGUGUGGCGAUUUGUCAUCAAUCCUGUCAAGAAGGUAGAAGGCGAACAAGUGAUUGUAAAGAAGAGCGAGUGA